ACGUCAUUGUCAAAAGAAAAUUAGGUUGGAGAAAUUGACGUGGCAUUGACAAAAAUUCUUGUAUUAGGUUGUCACUGAGUCGUUGUGGAAAAUAUUUUUGUUGUGAAGGUUAAUAUCAAGACCUAUACUAUCCAAAAAUAUUCAAUAACUUUGCUACCGAUCAUCUUUUUAAACCCUAGUCAUCGAAAAUGGGGCUCACCAUUUCCAGUUUGUUCAAUCGUCUGUUUGGAAAGAAAGCAAUGAGGAUUCUCAUGGUUGGACUUGAUGCUGCUGGUAAAACAACCAUCCUGUACAAACUGAAACUAGGAGAAAUUGUCACAACUAUUCCCACAAUUGGUUUUAAUGUGGAGACGGUAGAGUACAAGAACAUCAGUUUUACUGUGUGGGACGUCGGCGGUCAGGACAAAAUCCGUCCACUCUGGAGACACUACUUCCAGAAUACUCAUGGUCUCAUCUUUGUUGUGGAUAGCAAUGACAGAGAAAGAGUGGAUGAGGCGAAAGCAGAGUUAUGUAAAAUGUUGGAAGAGGAUGAGCUAAGAGAUGCUGUAUUAUUAGUAUUCGCUAACAAGCAGGAUCUCCCCAAUGCCAUGGCAGCAUCAGAAAUCACAGAGAAACUCGGACUCAGUCAACUGAGGGGACGAAAAUGGUAUAUUCAAAGCACAUGUGCCACACAAGGAACAGGAUUAUACGAAGGACUUGAUUGGCUCUCAAAUGAGCUUUCCAGCCAAUGAAAAAAUUGUUUGCACAAGAGGCUAGGAAUUUCUUUGUGGAUUUGCAUUUAUUUGUUCAAACAUUCAGCCAUAAGCCAUAAAGAUCGGAACAAAAUAUCGACUGGACCUAUAGUGAUAAACAAGUGUUCACAAGAAAUUGUUCAAUACAGAACAGCUUUCCUUGUAGGAGAGACUGCACAUGCUUGUGUCAGUGUUAUCAAAAAUGUCAAUGUAUUAAUUAAUCAUUAAAUUAUGUGUGCAUUGUUCAUAUGAAUAAGUGGUGUAUUUAAUAUAUAUACAAGUUGUGAUUUUAUGUAUUGAGGAUUUUCUUCAUUCCAGAUUUUACUAUUCAGUGUUUGAGACCAAUACGUUCAAAUGAUUCCCUUAAAUACUUAAUAUAGAUUAUGACAUUAAAAA